GGUCACGCCCCUAUUGCGACCACGCCCCUGGGGCGGGGCCUGGGCAUUGACGUGUCCGCCCCGUUAGGGGGCGUGGUCCGCCUACCGUGACGUCACCGUGCCGCGGGGUGCGCAGCAGGUGCGGGCGGCGGCGCGAGACGCGCAGGGCGCAGGACAGAUUCUGCAUCCCACAUGAGCUACGAUAAUCCUCCGCCGUACCCCGGCCCGGGCCCGACUGCCCCGUACCCACCCUAUGCACAGCAGCCAGGGGCCCCUCCUGGCCCCUACCCUGGCUAUCCCCCCGGGCCCUACCAGCCAGGCCAGCCAGGCUACCAAGGAUAUCCCCAGUAUGGAUGGCAGAAUGCACCUCCACCACCGCCAGGACCAGUGUACGCAGAUGGGCCGAAAAACACAGUGUACGUCGUGGAGGAGCGGCGGAGGGACGACACGGGCGAGAGCGCCUGCCUGACGGCGUGCUGGACCGCGCUCUGCUGCUGCUGCCUCUGGGACAUGCUGACCUGACGCCGCUGCCGCCCCGCCGCUCACCGAGUGCUAUGCAGGCUCCCCACUCCUGUCCCGACUUCUUUCUGUUACUGUAAUCAACGCUCUGCUUUGCACAGCCAAGAGUUCCCGUCUGUCCGUCCUAGCGCCUUGUCGGGGUGGGGGGUGCACUCCUUUAUUUUAGUAAAGGAAAAAGAAUUCCCUUUUUAACAUUUCUAAGACUUUUGUUGUAACUUUGAAGAAUGUGCUAAUGGUGUAUUUCAGCCAAGGGCAUUCUGAUGAAAUGUAUAUUUACCAGUUGAGAUUUUCCUAGCCCUAGAGACAAAGACGUACGCAAUAAUUAAAGCCAACAGUUGAUUUUUCUUCACUA